UCCCUAUCAUUCAAGACCGGCUUAUUUGAAACGGACCACUUCAAGCAACCCUCCAAAAUUAAAACAGCACAACGAAACCACCCGCCGGCCUUUUGGUAUCCCAACUUCUCCUUUUUCUCACUAAUCAACUUCGACAGCGAGCGAGCGAUUUCAGACACGAAUCCCGACGAAUAGCUUUCGUGCCCCGGAGCAGAGCUCUUUACCCCAACCCGUCCGAAAACAGUCGAAAACAGCGCCUUUUGCCUUUCUGCCUUUGCCCCGCAGGAUCCUCGCGGCAAGAAACAAGGCACGAUGUCAUCUUGGUACUCGAGGAUCCUCACCAACACCACCUCUCAGAUCUCGAACCUGCAGAGUCGUUUGUUGCAGAGCGAAAAUGACGGCGACACGGAAGACGACACCCACGUGUGCAGAGUGCUUAGAGGCUACUACACCGAGAAGGGCCGUCCGUUCCCAGGCUGGCUGCCGCCCGACCCAAAGGCACCACCCCCAGCAACGCCCGUCUAUGCCCAACCAGCCCAGCAAGUCGGCGCACGAUACGGAGGUCUUCAGCAGCAACAGCAAGCUGGUCCUACGACUGGUUUGAGCUCUCUGUGGGAUAACAACGGCGGCGCGCAACAGAGGCAAGACACGAUGAGCCUGCGACAAGGUCGCGGAGCUCCCCCACCGAUGCGAGGCGCCGAGCAGCAGCCCGCGCGACUGAGCCCCUUUGCCCGAGCCGGAGACAACGGACGCGAAGAGGUGCAGGCCCGACCUCUGCCCAGCCAGCGAGCGGGUAGCUACCAGCAGAGUGCGGCGUACGGGAGAGACACGACGAACACACCGCCGGGCAGCUCAGCGGGCGGCUCAGCACAGGAUCGGCUUAAGCAGCGACUAUGGGGAGGUGCGAGAACAACCAGUCCGGCAUCUGGGGGCCAAGGACCAUUCCAACCACCGACGGGCAGAGGCGGGAGCGGUGACUACGAAGACCGAUUUGCUCCCGGCGGCAUGUACGAUGGGAAUGGAGGCGGCGGUGGUGGUGGAGGUGGAGGCAGGCCAUUUGUGGCAUCCAACUCUCCGUGGUCGAACAACGAUUCUGGCUAUGGUGGAAGCGGCGGCGGCGGUGGUGGCAGUGGUGGGCGAACAGGACUGCCUGCUGGCCCAAGACGCCAAGGUCUCCCGAGUGGUCCUCGUAUGAGAUAAAGUGGACGAGAUCAAGUGGUGCGCGAAACACGAGCGAGAAUUCGCCUCGGGGAUGCGAGGUCCUUGUUCGGGGGUUCUUCAUUAUGAUGCGGGCGUUCACGGUCAAGAUGCUUGUCGGGCCGGAGCCAAAUUGUCGACAGUCGGCUUAUUGUAAGGUUCUGCGGACCGUAUGUAGACGGUGGGCGUCGCAGAACCUCGGAGCAAGGCAGAAUGCGAAUGUUGCUUGGAGACAUGUAUCUGGAAAGGUGCGAGAGCAGAGCUGAGGCACAUACACACACACAAUACAGACUCUACUAAUCAUGCAUUUGGACUGAAGUCGCUGGUCUUGAUGUA